AAACAGAUUAAUCUUCAAAAGGUAUUUCUUUAAACGAAAAGAAAGAACUUUUGGAAUUUUCCAAGUCGAAGUGUGAUGAAGCUGUGGAAAACGACGAAGGCGAACGUGAAAGCCACAGAACUCAGCCGUUCCCACCGUUCACACACACUCUCACAAUCACUCUUCACAAAUCCCAAAACACUUCGAAAAUGUCCGUCUCGAAAACCCUAACGCUCCUCGUCUACACCGUCGUGGCUCUAACCAUCGCCGGCGGUUUCAAUAGCGCCGUCGCUUUCGGCGGGAACGGAGGAGGAAACACAAAUAAUGUCUACUCGCCUUGCUCCGACACAAGGAUCCAGAGAUCCGACGGAUUCACAUUUGGAAUCGCGUUCUCUUCACGUCCGUCUUUCUUUUACAAUCAGACGGUUCUUCUCUCUCCCUGCGACCGUCGACUUACCCUCGCCGCUAUGAACUCUCAGCUCUCUAUCUUCCGUCCAAAGGUCGACGAGAUCUCUCUACUCUCUAUCAACACCUCCGCUUUCUUCCCGGAUAACUAUGGUGGAUAUAUGGUGGCAUUUGCUGGUCGGAAAUACGCGGCCAGGUCUCCUCCAGCUUUUAUUGCUAACACCACCUUCAUAGUAACCAGUUUUACUUUGGUGAUGGAGUUUCAAAAAGGUAGGCUUCAGAACCUAUACUGGAAGAGAGACGGGUGUGCAUCGUGCAAAGGGAAUCCAAACUUUGUGUGCCUCAACAAGCAAGAUUGUGCUAUCAGAACACCGAGCUGCAAAGGCCGGGGAGGUACGGUGGACUGCAGUCUCGGUAUCCAGCUGGCGUUUUCCGGCACCGACAAACACUUGGCGGUUCUCAACUCGUGGUAUGAAGUCGAGAACCUUAAGCAGUAUUCUCUUUACGGUCUGUACUCAAACCUCAAGAGCUCGCUUACGAGUCAGUUCAACAAUUUCUUCUAAAGGCAUCUUUUUUAUACUCUUGAAGAGGUCUUCUUACUGUUUGUUUGUAGCACGAAGUAGGUUACUUUCUUUUGGUAAUGUAACACGAAAUUUGCAGAAAUGAUUUAUGGUACGAACCGGAAUGUCCCUAUUCCGGGCAAAUCUGGUUUGGUUCAACUACUUGUUUUAAAAGUCAUUGAUUUUCGCACGGGAA